UAUAUUUUAUAACUGAAUCCCAGGGCUUUUUCAGGAGAAGUCAGCAAAGCAAUGCCACCUACUCCUGUCCCCGUCAGAAGAACUGUCUGAUUGAUCGAACCAGCAGGAACCGCUGCCAGCACUGUCGAUUACAGAAAUGCCUUGCCGUAGGGAUGUCUCGAGACGCUGUAAAAUUUGGCCGAAUGUCGAAAAAGCAGAGAGACAGCUUGUACGCAGAAGUGCAGAAACACCGGAUGCAGCAGCAGCAGCGUGACCACCAACAGCAGCCUGGCGAGGCCGAGCCGCUGACACCCACCUACAACCUCUCGGCCAACGGGCUGACGGAACUGCACGACGACCUCAGCAACUACAUGGACGGGCACACCCCCGAGGGGAAUAAGGCAGACUCUGCUGUCAGCAGCUUCUACCUGGACAUACAGCCCUCCCCAGACCAGUCAGGUCUGGAUAUCAAUGGAAUCAAACCAGAACCAAUAUGUGACUACACACCAGCAUCCGGCUGUUCAUUCACCAACGGAGAGACUUCCCCAACUGUGUCCAUGGCUGAACUAGAACACCUCGCACAGAAUAUAUCUAAGUCCCAUCUGGAAACCUGCCAGUACUUGAGAGAAGAGCUCCAGCAGAUAACGUGGCAGACUUUUCUGCAGGAGGAGAUUGAGAACUAUCAAAACAAGCAGCGGGAGGUGAUGUGGCAAUUGUGCGCCAUCAAAAUCACAGAAGCUAUACAGUACGUGGUGGAGUUUGCCAAGCGCAUUGACGGAUUUAUGGAACUGUGUCAAAACGAUCAAAUUGUGCUUCUAAAAGCAGGUUCUCUAGAGGUGGUGUUUAUCAGAAUGUGCCGUGCCUUCGACUCUCAGAACAACACCGUGUACUUUGAUGGGAAGUAUGCUAGCCCCGAUGUCUUCAAAUCCUUAGGUUGUGAAGACUUUAUUAGCUUUGUGUUUGAAUUUGGAAAAAGUUUAUGUUCUAUGCACCUGACCGAAGAUGAAAUUGCAUUAUUUUCUGCAUUUGUACUGAUGUCAGCAGAUCGCUCAUGGCUACAGGAAAAGGUAAAAAUUGAAAAACUGCAACAGAAAAUUCAACUAGCUCUUCAACACGUCCUCCAGAAGAAUCACCGAGAAGAUGGGAUACUGACGAAGUUGAUAUGCAAGGUGUCUACGUUAAGAGCCUUAUGUGGACGACAUACGGAAAAGCUAAUGGCAUUUAAAGCAAUAUACCCAGACAUUGUGCGACUUCAUUUUCCUCCAUUAUACAAGGAGUUGUUCACUUCAGAAUUUGAGCCAGCAAUGCAAAUUGAUGGGUAAAUGUAUCACCUACGCACUUCUAGAAUGUCAGAAGUACAAACAAGAAAAACAAACCAAUUAACCAAGACACUUUAUAUGGCCCUGCACAGACCUGGGGCGUCAGCACACUGCACAUCUUUUGGUGAUCGGGGUCAGGCAAAGGAGGGGAAACAAUGAAAACAAAUAAAAGUUGAACUUGUUUUUCUCAUGCAUAUGAUUUCCAUUAUGCCUACAGAUAUGGACCCUUUUUCUGUCUCGACUUCCUGAUCGUUGACCUCUGUUUACCACAGGAGGAGGGUACUAAAGUCGGAGGAUUUCCUUUUCUUGUAGCUCACUGCCCACAGACUUUCCAGAGUCACCAAUCUGUCAGUUACAGAGAGUCCAGCAAUAAUCGGUGUCUGGUGUGCAUAGCGGAGGUUGCGCCAUUACCUUGCACAACUUGCUCUUUGUUUCAUGAAGGAAGUUUUUAUUUUUUCACCGAUUAUUGCCAGUCAGCAGGACGGCAUGAAAAGGGUCCAUAGCACUUAGCAACAAUAGCAUUAUAAUAUAUUACAGGGUAAAUGGGCAUGAAGACUAUAUAUAGCUAAAAGAGAUAUUGUUUAUAUAUUGUUUUAAUUAAUAUAAAAUGUAGUUACUGGUGUAGCUUUUCCUGUUGAAUUGAUAAGGCACUUUCAUUUUGCACCUUUUUCUUUAAAUUAAAUGCUAGCGUGUUCACUGUCGUGUCGCAUGUGCACCAGAAACACAAGUUUAACUGAGAAGGCUUGGAAGGUACGUUGGGAGGUAUUUAUGCUGCUGUUUACAGAAUUACUUUUAAAAGACUGGCUGGUCAUAUCUAGAAAUCACCAUGUUGGAUUAUUUCCCGCCCCCCACCCCCCAUGAUUUUGGAAUUCAAAAUGAAACUCUCCCUAAAUUAUUCCUUUGCUUCUUGGUAAGAAUAGAUGUGUUUACGCUUCAUACAAAGUUGAACGAUUGGUUGGUCAUGUGGACUUAUACCAUCAGAUGUUAUUUUUUAAAGCAGCUUUCUAAAAUGCCACCCCAUGCAAGUGGGGAAGGGCAAGCUCACAUUACACAGUUCAGGAGUUAUGUGGAUACUCGGUCUCAACUUGGAAUUCUGCUUGGAGAACGAAUCAGCAACUAGAAAAUUGAUUGGAAUUUAGCUUUUAUUAGAAGAAGCACCCAAAGAUUCUGUCUGGAGCAAAAGCACACUUCCCAUUUGAGGACCUGAAGCAUUUUAAUUUGUGAACAUUUAUGUUCUUGGUAUAACCUAAGAGUUUAUCUCAGAGUGAACUAACCCUAGACUAGCUGUCUCUGAUUGCUGGAAUGCUAGAAUACUGCUCUCCAUCUUUGAUAGACAGUGGGUCAGAGGGUGUGGAAGCACAGAAUGUUGAAUCAGUUUCUCUUAUUUAAAUAUAAAAUAUUUUAAGCCUUUAAAGUGAAGUUGAUGCUAAACUGCAAACAUUUACUCUUGUAUUUAUCUUCACUAGAAUACUGUGGACUGUAAUUUAUUUUAUUAAAUAUUUAGGAGACUGGCGUUUGUGUUCAGGUGAGGAAUACCGAGUUGUUUCUGUUCGAUUCUAUGUUUGUGUGUUUUCAUCCUCAGUGGGGGAGAAGGGAAGAAACUGUCUGAUACACAAGUGUGCGGAUUUUUACAAACAAGUGACCUUUCGGGAAUGUAACCAUUUCUGAGGUGAUUGCAGUCAUGUUAGGGAUGGGAUUCGAACUCCUGGUCCUUGACGUCAGACCAGAUCUGUGCAGAAGAGGGAACACCUUGCGUGGUACAAAGUGGCAGUCCCCAACAGCCCUGCACAUCCAAGAAAGGGCCUCUUCUGUCACUAGGGUCCCUCCAGAACGCGCUACAGCAGUUGCAGCUCCUGAUGGCCUGCUGAGUCACCAGCAUGGGCUUCCCCGAGCACGUCAUUCUCUUUGCCUCUACUGACUUUCUGACUUGUUUCCUGAAGGACUUGGAAAAUGGGAAGAAAUUAUUCACACAGAAGUGUGUAUGAAGCCUAAAUAACAUCCCCAAAAAAACAAAAACAAAAAAAAUUUUUUUUUCAAAAAUAUAGUAAGGAUUUAACCAUAAAUAGAAGACAAGAGUAAUAUUUCUUUAAAUUUCUUACAGGCAUAUAAAAUUUUAUGUGAGUGUUUAUAUAGAGAAGUUAACAGUCAGCAUAUAGUAUUUAUAUUUGGAUGACAAGGAUUAAGUCCAUUUUUAAUUUAAGCAAACAUAGUCCCUUAAAGAGCAAUAGUAUUUUAUUCUUGGAAGAGAGUAUCAAGCUUAGUUUAGUUAUUUAUUUGUCCGUUCUUUUUCUGUUGUUUUUUUCCUUUGGGGAAAAAUGAUGUGUGUGGUUUUUGGGGGGUUUUGUUUUUGUUCCUCAGAUUCACUAAAUUUGGGGGGUGGGUCUAUUAAAAUGUAUUAACUUCUUUUUAACCAAAGCUUUCUGAAUAUGACCAGCCUCAGGUGCUAGCGCAUUAAAGAGCAACUAAACCUAGUCCAGUGUCCAUUUGUGAAAUACUAAGAGCUAACUGAACUUCUCUAAGGGUGAGAGAGACCGUCAUGUUGAACUUAAAAGAAAUUCUUCUUCCCCCGAAAUGACGUAUAUGUACUUGAGGCAAAAAAAAAAAGAUACCCUCAUCUCCAUAAGCGUCAAACCAUGGUGACAUUGUUUUUAUAGUGAACAAGCCAGAGUAACACAUAGUUGCUUCUAGGCGUUUCUGCAAGAAAAGCAGGCGUACAUGUUAAGAGCGAAGUCCAUAAACAGCGUAGGGACACAGCAGGAGAGACAGUGGCGAGCUCUGUGAAAUGAGGUAACCGCUGAGUAUCUGGAUCUAAGUUGGGAUCUGAAGUUCAACCACAAAUUUAGUCAGAAAAAAUACCGAGUCGAAACAGAGGAUGUAAAACACUUUGCAUUUUAAAAUUUCCUUUCUUACACCUGUGUAAUGACACAAACUACUUGAUAUUACCAGAACAAUCGCUCUUAAUUGUUCUUAUCAUUAAAGUUUCCUAAAUUUAACGUAUUAGAACCUAUCAUUGUCAACUUGGCUGCU